AUUAAAUAUGAUCGUCACUUUCUUUGUCCCCAAGUUGCAUAUACCUAUAAAUACAUCUCUUUACCUUCUCCUCUGUUUCCUACUCAUCUUUCCUUUUUCCACAUCAAGUUAGAAAAACAAAAGUAGAAGAAAUUAUCUCCAAAACACACAAGUCCAGAGAGAAACAAAAAGAGAUUACACACAACAACAACAAAAAUGAGACCAUUGAGCGUACAAUCGAAGUUUGAAGAUGUGGCAACGUCAACCUCCGUUAAUCACCACGGAGUGACGCCGCAAUCACCGUGGCACUCGCCGGUUCCUUACCUCUUCGGCGGUUUAGCGGCGAUGCUAGGACUAAUCGCCUUUGCUCUUCUCAUCCUCGCUUGCUCUUACUGGCGCCUGUCUUCCUCCGGCGAAGAAGAUGGUCAAAACGUAGAUGAAGAGAAAGAGAGCCGGUCUGGAGAUAAGGCGGCGAACGGAGCUUACGAGGAGAAGUUUCUUGUCAUAAUGGCCGGAGAAGAUUUGCCGAGGUAUCUGGCGACACCGGCGAUGAAAAAGUGUACGUGUGGUGGUCACGAGGGUAAAAUGGUGAUUUCUCAGGAGGAAAGUGUUGCCAAAGAGGAAGAGAAGAUGAGAGAAGGCGAAGAAGAGAAAGUGAAAGAUACCGGCGAGACAACUACUACAAGUCACUAAACUUUUCUUUUUCUAAAUUAACGUCUUUUUGAGAGUUUUCUGGAGAAUUGUCCUCGUCAUGAUUCCUAGAAAUGUAAAUUUUACUAGAGAGCAAAAUUUUGGGGUUUUUACUUGUUCUGUAGUGUUUACCGUUUGAUAUAUUAAAUCGUAUUAUCCUAAAUUUUGUAGUUUGAGGAAAUAUUUAGUCACUUCACCCCAAAAAGUCUAGUAUAUUUGAAACUGCGGUUUCUUACGUGUACAUGUGUGUACAUCCAUAUAUUUAGGAUUCGAUUGUUCCAACCAAUUCGUUUUGAUUAUAUAACUUUCCACAUUUUUGAGUGGAAAUACGUGCUAAUUCAGAAAUUUCAUAUGGUGGUUAGGUUGAUUACUCACGGUCACAAAAAUUGUACUU